AAUCAAAAAGCAAGAAAAGACGCACGUGAGCUGCUGCGGGGGGAAAGCUCUCGCGUAUCGGCCUCGCCUUUGUGUCGAUCGUACCGGACAUGUGACACGAGAGGCAUCGACAUGCUACAUAUCGUCUGCUGUGUCUUUGACAUUCCAUAGUGCGCCUCCACCACAUUUCAAGAAAAACUUGCGAGCUACUGCUUACCGCGUUGAACAUCAUGCCGACAAAGGGUGACCAUUCGUUUAAUGAGUACGAGGACACAAGUAAAUCCAACGCUGUCAAGACUGAACAGGCACCCACUUCUCUGAGCCGUGAACACUGCCAGAAAGUCUCAGCACCACUAUCAUGUCCCAUCUGUAACAAAGCUUUUGGUCGAAAGUACCAUCUGAUGAGGCACCUGCAAAAUGCAGUUUGCUCUACAGAGCACAAGCUUUCUUUGCCCUGUCCAACGUGCGGCAAACUGUUUUCCUCAAAGGCGAAGCUUGACUACCACAUCGCCACGCAUGACGUGGAACCAGAAAAUUGCAAAACAUCUCCCCACAAGCGGUUCGAGUGCCAUCAAUGCGGCCGCCUCCUUUGGUCGCAGUCUCAGUUGAAGAUUCACCAGCGAACCCACACCGGGGAGCGACCAUUCGCCUGCACCGAGUGUUCCAAGACUUUCGUUUCCUUGGGUGCCUUGAACAAGCACAAGCUUUCUCACUCAAAGGAAAAACCUUUCCUCUGCCCCCACUGCCCCGCCCGGUUUUCCUUGAAGGGCACGCUCAACAGGCACAUUCCCACGCACACUGGCAUACGCGCUCACAAGUGUCCUCACUGCUCUAAAGAUUUCAUCCAGGCUGUGGCACUGCAAGCCCACCUUGUUACUCAUACGGGCAAUAAUGGCUUCCCCUGCUGCGUGUGCGGACACGUGUUCUCGCGCAAGUCCCGCAUGAAGGAGCACGUACUGUGCGUUCACAAAGGCCAGCGUAAUUUUAAAUGCGACUUAUGUGGCAAAAAGUUUUCACGCAAGGAUGAUCUCGUUACCCACCAAGACCACAGGCACGGCCUUGUCGGCCAGCCUCUGGGUGGUCUCAACCCGGCAUGGAGCAGCUUAACGCUCAUGACAAUGGCCACGGACGGUUUGUCGCCUCCCAGAACUUUUACUGAUGAUGCACUCGUAAAUGAAUCUGUGAUAACUCGUCAAUCCAUAUUAGAUGUGUCCCCCAACUCUGGCGAAGCGGCUGCUAACAUGGAGUCUUUGAAAAAGCGUGAGCAUGAAUUUGCAAGUGCAAUACAUACUACACGCAAUGCAUUCCAUCAAGCUAACACUAAUGACAGCGUUCUACAUAGUAAAAAAUCGUUUGUCAAGCCCUCAGGUGCGGAUGAAACUUGUCUAGUUGCACUUCUAGGUGAAAUCUCACAGAAGGGUGUAAAGGAAAAUCACCACGCUAAAGAACAAUGCACUGACACCUGUGUCAUGCGCAACCAAAACUUGGCAACAAGAUAUUUGUCUACAUCUCGCAAUUCUGCAACCUCUACGCAAAAGGACUUUUACCUUAAAAGUGAGCCACCAUUGGAUGAGUCGGAGGAGAACUGCGAUAGUCUGAAAAAUCGUAUAGAGGAGUUUCUCUGCUUCCUCAUUGAAAAACCGAUACUCGAGAGAUUGGGCUGGCCUAAUGCGCAAUUAAGUGACUUGUUGGAGGCUGUGAUUCGUCACUGUGGCUGCAGCCCGUUCGAGUCUCGCUCUGACUCCCUCGCUGAUAAGCUCAGAGAAAACUGUAAAGUACUUUUUACUAAGGUGCUAGAAGAUGAUGUUGCUGGGAAGCUCCUUGAUGAUGAUCAGAGUGUAGAUGCUGUGCUUGAUAAGGUUCUGGAGCUAGCUAGGCUGAACUAGCCUGUGUUGAAUGGUGUGUGUGCAUAUAAGCUGUAGGAAAUUUUACGUGGGGCAGCACUUCAUGAUGGGGCUAAUAACUUUUUUUUUCUGUCGACACCCGCAGAAAUCGUGCUGAAGACUAAGAUAAUGCAGACAUGGUGUAACUAAGGAGGCCUGUGAUUAUUGUUUAUUUUUUGAUUAAAUAAUAACAAUAAAGCUCGAGAGCAGAUAGUGUUUGCCACAGACAAAGAAUCCCUAGGAGGUGAGCAGCCUUCUUUCUUUUCGGUACAAUUUUCAUGUUUCAUUGCGACCUUUUUUGACGCUUUUUGAAGCUCAAAUCGCGAUUCUUCUAUUCAAGAUACCGAGUUACUCAUAAAGAAGUUGUAUGAAUGUUGGUGAUAUGACUGCUGAAUGUAAUUGGUGUGGGAGGGAUGUAGAAAGCUUGACGUUGAUGUAUCAGCCGCACAUCGGAAAUAUUGUCAAUUCAGGGUUCAUUUGUUUGUUUCAGUUCAGCUUUAUGAUCCCAUACUUAGCGUACGGAACUCUUUUUUCCCGCUUAAUUGUGUUUUACGUGUUUGUAGUUGACGUGCUAGUGUGCACUUCCAUUUUCUGUGAAUCGAGCUUCGGGCGAUAACAGUAUUGCGGAGUUUAAUUAUUAUAGCAUUCCUUUCACAUUCCUUGUUUUACUUGUAUUUGUCGGGGAAAAAAAUGAGUACCUCAAAGCUUGAUGUCGAAGAUGUUUGUUGGGUUGCCGAAAUGCACAUGUCCUUUUAUUGGAGAUCACUGCCUAUAGCAUUUGGAUGCUGCGGCACAAUUACUGUACUUAUAGCUCUUCGAAUCGAUACGGAGUUCUGUAACUUACUUUCCUGUGCGGACUAUGUACACAUCCUCACGCAAGACAUUGACCGGAUCUCCACUUGGCGUAUUGCUCAAAAAAAUGCCCUGUGCUCUUACCAAACACUCAUUCCAAGUGCAUCUCAAGCACUUCAACGUGUGUACAGCUACCAUUCUGACACAGGCUAUUUACAAGUCUGAUGUUCUGCUCAUUCCGCUUUUUUUUUCUUUAUUAUUUCAACAUUUGUCAUGGCGGACACAUUCAGGUCGUGAGCACGUAUUACCUUUAUCUGAAACUUCGAUGGUCAUUUUGCCGUGUGCAAAUUGACUGUAAUGACUGUAAAGAAAGGUCAGGGCUGCAACGUUGUCAUUAUUAGAACACAUGCCUGAACAAUGGCCCACCUCUGCAAGAUUCCCGCCAGUACUUAAGAAGGGUGCUUUGCUGGGCGAGUUGGUGCUGCGUUCUUGACAAAAGUGCACUAAUUCAACAAAGACGACAGAAGAAUAACACAGAUAGCGUGAAUUAUCAACUGAGCUUUCACUGAGGAAACAAAUGUUUAUCCUCCUCAGACCUGAGAGUAAUGGCACGGAGAAAUAACUUUGACCAAGUUCUUAUACUUACUUUUGUGUUGCAUAGAACCCACAAAAAAAUUAUUUUCAAUGUGCGCAGAGCCUAACAACAAGUAAUUGUUUGUCCCCGUGCAGGGACACUGGGUCUAUCCUUAGGCAUUGCUAGAAAUACAUAUGCAUUUUUGUGUAUUUGGAAAGGGCCGCAAAUAACUGUUUCGAGGAUGAACUUUAGAGAAAGAAAGAUUAAAUUGAUUUUUAUUAGUUCUGGUGACACAUUUAGAGCACAACAAAAUCACUUUUGGGACGUUCUUAACCCCACACACCAGUGAGUCAAGCUAUCAGAGCAAUUCCUUUGCGACAGAACUCACGAAUGGAAUUCAUAGAAGCAGUCUCUUCCAACUUCUAUGCAAAGGUACACGUCGCACCGAGCACAUCUGUGGCGUGUCUUCAUGCUGCAGCCAGCGUUCCAGCACCUCGCUCCAUUUGGUAGGUCGUCCUUCAUUGGCAAAUGCAGUGCGUCUGUUUUGCGGAAAUGUUCUGAUGGCAGAGCUUUUGGUCUCUUCCUUGGUGGAAUGUCUAGGUCAUCUUCGUCUUCUUGACGAGUUGCGAUCACCUUCUGCCAUAUCAAUGCUUCGGCCACGCAAAGCUUGAAAUCAAGGUACUCCAGAAUGUUUUUUCUUUGGACGCCCUUUGCCUUCUUGUCUGCUCUGUACUGAAGCCAGCUGUUUACGCAAGCAAGGUCAGACAUGUGAAGAAUUGUACGCAGUGUCUACCUGUUUGUGCGGCUCCUUUGAGCAUACAGGGAGAGCAUUCUGUCAGCUAAGUCAACACCACCCAUAUUUGCAUUGUAGUUUCUGAUGACGGAUGGGUGCGGGACAUCCAGAAACUUCUUGUCUUUCUUGCACCAUCUUUUGCACUUAUCUUCAGGCUCCACUCCAAAGGCAGCCGACAGCAUCACAAUGGACUUUUUGUCGACCCAUUUUGUGCAAGCAAGCGUGCUGUCUUGUCGCAGUUGCUGCUCUGAAGUACCCUGAGAUUUCUUCAACAAAUCCUUGUCAUUUGUGAAAUGGGCGUCUUUUGGCAUUCUGUUCUUCAUCAGAGUGCCGGUGCCAAAAAUGCCCUUCUUCAUGAGCUCAUCCAUCAAACCGACCGAAGAAAACCAACGGUCACAGUAAAGCGUGGAGCAUGCAGGCACUGUCUCAACCAGCUUCAAGACUGAGUUGCCCGAUAUGCCAAGGCCAAAGCCUGGAAACGUCUCUUUGCCUUUGUAAAUUGCAAAAUCAUAAAUCAGCCCGUCCUUUCCUGCGAGAACAAAGUUUUUUCAGGCCCACAGGGUUUGGUUUGUUAGGGAUAUAUUGCUUCAUAGGACAGCGCCCUGAAAAUGGGAUGACUUGUUCAUCCACACAGAAGCAGUUGGGUCUUUCCAAGCCCAAGCAGCCCUUUCGCACCAUCUCAACGAAAGGCGCAACCUUCCAAAGUCUCUCGCUCUUCUUGUCGUCAUCACUGAUGUCGUCGUCAAGUUGGCAGCACAGGUUAGAUCGCAGUAAGAAGAAACGAUCCCGUGGCAUGGUGUCGGCUACUGAGCUAACAGCCAGGCCCUUCUUCCAAAAAAAUCGUAUUCUUGGAUAUCCAAUCACUCCCAUCAGCAUGGAACAACCCAGAAACUGUUUAACUUCCUGACCAGUGAUUUUAGAUAUGAUUCCAUGCCCUCUCAGAAUUCCUUGGUUUGUUUUUUCGAGCAUGUUGUCACCUACAUACUGCUUGUAGUAGUCGGCAGGCGAGAACUCCAAAUCUAGCUUCCGAAAAAACACACCCCGUCUCGAGAACAGGCACAUUGUUUGCUGGUGAAGAACUGGCUGCCUUCCACAGAGGACACCUUGGCGAAAUUCCUACACCGCUGGAGCCGUCGUCGUCACUAUCAGAAGAUGAACCAGCAUACUCCUCAGUGUCGGAAUCAUACGCGGCAUUCACGUCGUCAACGUCAUCUUCAUUCUCGGAGUCCGAAAUAUCGGAAGUUUCCCGGUCGCAAAUUGAUUGCAAUACUUCGUCUGCCUUCUUGGUGGAUAAGCCUGAAAUUACAAAGCAGUGGGAAGUUAGACUUAAAUUCCCACUGGUAAACUUUCAUAAAAAAGAAUGUGCUAGUCGGCCAUCUGACUUCAAUAUAAACACGCACAUGAACCCAAUGUCCCUGUGCAAGGACACUAAACUUAGUAAGCUGCGAAGGUCCCAAUAAAGUCAAUGGUUUUCUCUAGACGGUGUCAAUGUGUUCUCCAGGCAUUAAACCUUUGCACUCCGUUGCAAUUUUUUAAAAUGAAAAGCAUUAAGACCAACGAUAAAGCGACUUACCUGGCCGUCUCGCAUAAAACGUGCUGGCGCUGAUUGCCGCCAUGUUUUUUCCGAGCGGGAAAGAGAAAUUUCGCCGAGCUCAAGGUAGAUGGCGCCACAGGCCUUGUCCUUCUAGACGGACAUUGGUUCUCUCCGCUGCAACAGCCGUUCUAGUUUCCGUCGCCUGUGAAUCAAUGUCCCUGUGGGGGGACAAAAGGUCUGAGGUUAUAUACUCACUGAGUAACAUGUGGUCCAAAAAGGGCAUAGUUAGAAACCUGUUGACAUCUGUCAAUGGUGUGCUCUCAAGCAAUCAAUCUCAGUGGUAUGCAGCGUAAUGGAUGGCCGUGCGACACACGUUUCGCUAGACUUGAUUAUGAAAAAUGCUCUCGUGCCACCUCAUCGUGUAAUGUCAGUGAAACCUCAUUUGAUCGUUCAUGCUGUGUUUCUGUUCUUCGUCUUCGUUGAAUUAGUGCACUUUUGUUCAAGGUUGCUUGUACUCGUAAUUUUUGUUUUCUCACUCAUUUAUUUGACCGAAUCGUGUGUUACGUAAUACACUAGCUAAUAGCGUCACCUGUAUUACAUGUUUAGCUGCCAGUCUGGGAAUGUGAUGUUCUUGAAAUGUGACGCAGCCCCCUUUGCACAUCAGUAGGUUUGGUGCGUUUACACGGUUGUCAUAUUGUCAGAAAUAGCUGAGGUGUAGUAAACAACGCAAGGUAUGAGGAGCUGCGUUUUAGUUGUUUCACCGAUUGGGUGACAUCAGUUUUUUUUACUGAAGGAUUUUGAAAAGCAGUAUGUGUAAAAAUUUUGAAGAAAAAUGAAAGAAACAGCUUUAUUGGUAUUUCUUGUAUGCAGGAGUCCAGGAUAGAUAAGCAGAUAAUAUGAAUAGUAGGUCAAGCUACUCAAUUUUGCUUUUAGUAAUAGUUACUUAAGAUAUGAUAGAAAAUUGUGCCAUCGUCGCAAGCGAAAUAGUAAGCCAUCAUGAUAUUGGGCUCGGGCCUCAUCUACGUGCACUUGGUAUUCUCACUUUUUAUUCUAGAAAAAUGUGACAUCUUAAUGGAAAUGUUGUGAAGUGUUGAUUGUGCCAUCUCUUUGUAAUUUGCACAUCCAUUAUGCAGCGCAUGGCAAUAUAUAAUGCAUUCAAUAUGAAUACUUGCUGUUUGGCACACUAAGAACUGUGACCUGGUAAGACCUUAUAAUAACUGUGACAUUGCCUAAGAGUGUAUCGACAUGUAAUGUUACUUUAAAUGGAUGUGACAUUCUGUAGCUCAUUGUGAUCUUGUAUGUCUCAUCACUAUAUGGCAUUGAAGUGUGGCAUUUCUCGAUUGAGAAUCAUGUGAUUACUUGGUUGAAAGCAUGUUGAGAUAAGCUUUCUUUUUGUGCAGAAUUACUGUGAUAUGGAUGAUCAAAUUGUGGUUCUCGAAAUAAACCAUUUUCUCCCAGCGAUGUGAAA